CAAGAGCUGGACGAUGAGAAACCUCAACAAUGAAAUCAUCAGUCAAACCCAGCCCAUCUACAAGGCAAAAAUUCCAAUGGUGUUUUUCUUCAGGUUUGGCUCUGUGUCUUCAUCCAAGUCUCAGCUGAUGAACAGUCUGAUCAAUGAGAAACAUGACACGUUCUUCCACAGGAACUGCCAAUGCAGCAGCAGAACCAGAGUCCUGAUGGAUGGAGUGGUGGAGAUCGCCUGGUUCUGCCCUUCUGGGAAAAACACAGAUAAAUUCACUGAGUGUGUUGCAUUCUGUAAUCUACAUGGUGAUGCAGGAGACCAUGAGAAACAGCUGCAGAUCCUCACUGAAAUGAGCUCAGUCAAUGUUGUCCUUCUACCACAACUUCAGAAGAAUGACAGAAGCAUGGCAAAACUUCAAGAACUCUAUAAGGGCUCAAAGCCACUCAUUUGUCUUUUUACUGAGGAUGGAUCUGCUGUAACUGUGUUGAAGAAAAAAUACCGGAUUGGUCUGAAAGACAGAAAUCAGUCAGAAAUAUCUGAUGAACUCAGAAGAGCAAUAAAAGAUUGUCUCUCAGAAUCAUCUUCCACUUUCAGACUUGAAGAUGUGUCCAAACACUCAGACAUCAGAGUAGAUGAGGAAGAUGAUGAUGUCUGCAUGAGAGGAAGAGAAGCAGCACAGCAGAUGAUGAGUUUACUGGAGAAGAAAGAUCUGACGGAAAUCAAAGAAUCAUUUCUGCCUCAUCAGGGGAAACUGUGGCAUCAGUGGAGUCAGAAGAACAAAGAACUACAUCAAGCUCAAGGAAAUGAACUAGAAACAGACAUCAGCAGAAAACAAAAGGAGAUGAAGAAUACCCGUGAGAUGCAGCAUAAAACUGAUAUCAGCGAAUUUAUAAAGUUCUUCAUUAAAGAAAUUAACUCAGAUACUGGACAUAAGAUGUUUUUCAUUAAAUGGUUCGGAAUACUCCUGUAUGAAUAUACAUCAGCUGAUUUGUUUGUUCUUCAUCACAAAUAUUAUGAAACGUGGUCAACGGUUUUAAAACUAAAAGAGAAGUAUGAACCAGAAGAACUGACACUAAAACAAACUGAACUUGAGAGAAUAUCUCAGGAUCUUCAAGCUGCAGCUUUUGGUUUGGAGCACAUCAUGAGGGAGAUCGGUCAGAUCUAUGAAUCAUGUUCAUAUGUGAAGAAGAACAAGAAAGACCUGCAGGUUCACUUCUCUUCUCUCCCGAGUCUUGCAGCUGAGUUGAUGAUCUCUGGGUUUCCACUGGAGCUGAUGGAUGGAGAUGCUGCUCAUGUUGCUGUGAUCUGGAUCUCUGCUGUUCUAGAUCAACUCGUCCAGAAACUGGGAGACCAGAGAGUCUUUGUGCUGUCCGUUUUAGGGAUUCAGAGCUCUGGGAAAUCCACCAUGCUGAACGCCAUGUUUGGACUCCAGUUUGCCGUCAGUGCUGGCAGGUGCACCAGAGGAGCUUUCAUGCAGCUGCUCAGAGUGUCAGACGAGAUGAAACCACAGAUGAACUUUGACUAUAUUCUGGUUGUUGAUACUGAAGGUCUUCAUGCUCUAGAACUGGCUGGAAGAUCAACAAGUCAUCAUGACAAUGAACUGGCCACAUUUGUUGUAGGUAUUGCAAAUCUGACAUUGAUCAACAUCUUUGGAGAAAACCCUUCUGAGAUGAAGGAGAUUCUUCAGAUUGUUGUUCAGGCCUUCAUGAGGAUGAAGAAGGUCAGACUGAAUCCCAGCUGUGUGUUUGUUCAUCAGAACAUCUCAGACGUCACAGCUGGAGAGAGAAACAUGGAGGGAAGGAGACGACUGCAGCAGAAACUGGACGAGAUGACAAAAAUUGUUGCUAAGGAUGAAGUCUUUGAUGCAAAAUGUUUCAGUGAUGUCAUUAGAUUUGAUGUUCAGAAUGAUGUAAAGUAUUUCGCUCAUCUCUGGGAGGGCAGCCCACCAAUGGCACCACCAAACCCAAACUACUGCGAUAAUAUUCAAGAACUAAAGAAAAUUAUUCUCUCUCAUGCCUCAAAAUCAUAUGGAAUGAUGGUGAGACACCUAAAAGAUUGUAUUAAAGAUCUCUGGGAGGCUAUCAAAAAUGAACGAUUCGUCUUCAGCUUCAGAAAUUCUCUGGAGAUUUCAGCCUACAGGAAACUAGAGACAAAAUACAGCAAGUGGUCCUGGAGUCUUCGCAGUGCCAUAAUGGAAACAGAGAGCAAACUACACAACAAAAUAAAAAAUGAAGCAGUUCAUGAAGUUGAGGAAACUGAUCUUCAAAGAGAACUGAAGAAGACAAGUGAAGAAGUAGAAAAGUCAAUGUCUGAAUUCUUUGAGAAAGACAAAGAUAAAGAUAUAUUGUUUCAGUGGAAAACAUCAUUUGAAACUAAAAUCAAAGAGCUUCAAGAAAACAUUGUGAAAGAAACAAAAAGGAAAUUAAACGGGAUUCUUGAUACUCAUAGGACACAUCAUGAAAACACUCUCCGUGAAAACAACAAAAUACUUGCCUUAAAACUCAAAGACAAAGCAAAUAAUGCAGAAACACUGAAGAAAACGACUGAAGCUAAGAGAACGGAUCAUGAAAACACUCUCUAUGAAAAGAGCAAAGAACUUGCCUUAAAACUCAAAGCAAAUGAUGAAGAAACACUGAAGAAAGAGUUUGAUUUGUCUUGGGCGCAGACUGUAGAUGAGAUUAUCUCAGAGAGGCCUCCAAUCAAUGACAUUGACAUAAUGAGAGAUGUGAUAAAAAUCCUCAGUGACAUCUAUGAGGGGCAUCUCCCUGCUGACCACAUUAAAGAGGACAUCAACAUUUUCACUGAAGUCGUGGCCUAA